AUGUUUUGGUCCUCGUCGGCGUUCCAGGCGCAGGAUGAACUUGGGGACAGACAAGCCUGCGAGAACGCCGUACGUGUAGCCCUGCGCGCGGGACAGCACGUAGUAGUCGACGGGCGCAACGUGGACCCACCUCAGCGCGCCCACUGGGUUAAGCUGGCGCGUGAGUGUGGAGCCUUUGGCACGUCCGUGGUGGCGCUGCAGCUGCUACUGCCCCUGGAGCUGUGCAGGCAACGGGCGCGCGACCGAGUGGGACACCCUUACUGCAUCGGGGUCUUUGAGAGUUUUGCCAAUGGAUUUGUGGAAGCGACAUCCGUUGAGGGCUUCGACCGGGUGAUUAGUGUGCGCACCAGUGAAGAGGCGGUGUUGGCUGUGGAGCAGCUACUGAGGGAGGGGGGAGCCCAUACCGCGGUUCAGCAGCAACAACCGCAGCAGCAGCAGUGGAACACUGGUAUGUACGGCGGCUUGGCAGCCAGCUCGUACUAUAGCGGCCAAGUCGUCCAGUACGGCAACUACGUACAGAACGGUAGUCACCCCCAGGGCCAUCAUGCCUACCAGCCAGUCACCGACGCCAGUGGCGGCGGCAUCCAAGGGGCCACCGGCGCGCAGCAGGGUUUGGCUCAAGCGAUGAGCUUCGCUGUCACUGGCGCGCAGGAGGGCGGCAGCAUCGGAGGUCAGGGGCUGACCCACGGGUCGAACAAGAGAGCUUGCAGGUGGGAGCGCCGUGAAGGGGAGUCCCUGGGGCCGCACGGCGUGGUGUCGGGGGCUCAACCCAAUGGGGGAAUGAGCGGGCAGGUAGAGGGCACGGCGGGCGGGCGGCCUUCGAGCUGCCAGUUGUUACCGUCGUCCUUGGCGCCAGCAGCAGCACCACCACCAGCACCACCAGCACCGCCAGCACGACAACAGCAGGAGCAGCAGCAGUACCUAGCGGAUGGGAGUGGCGUCGAUCUAUCGCACCAGCAGCACCAGCUCGCCAGGGAGCAACCUGCAAGGGAGGAGGAGGAGGGGGAGGAGCAGCAGCAGCAGCAGCAGGAACGGCAGCAGCAACGCCAGAAGCAUUGGAACAGCUACAGCCAGGGGUCCGGUGGCUUCGGUGGCGGCGGUAGCUACGGCAGGGGUGGUGGUGGCGGCGGCUAUCGGCGGCAGGAGGGGACGAGACGCGAUUCGCAAUGGCACCAUCGCGACGUUGUGCAACGAUUGCGUCACAGCUUCGCCGAUCCUAGCUCCACGACGCCGUACGAUGUUCCAGCCGAGCCGGGGGCGGAAGACGACCCACGGGUCAUCCUGCUGUUUGAUCUCAAUGGCACGCUCACGUCCCACACUAGCGUACGGCGGGCGCAGGGGACUACGAGGCUGCGUCCCGGCACCGCGCACCUGACGCGGCUGCGAGAGCGGUUCAGAUUGGGCAUCUACACCUCCUCGACGGUGCGCACCGUGCAGGCUGCUAUGGAGAUGUUGGAGUUGGCUGCGGGGGAAACCCUGUUUGACAGGCGCUUGGUGCUACACAGAGAACACACCGCGCCUGCACCGGCAGACCACGUGGAUUCGGGCGGCAACCCGUGGGACACGCUCAAGCCGUUGGGCCGCUACUUCUCCCGCCUGGACCGUGUCGUACUGGUGGACGACGAUUCGUACAAGAGCAUGGCGGGCGAGGAAUCCAACAUGCUGAUUGUGCCGUGUUGGAGUGAGGAGGAUGUCGACUGCCAGGUGAUCAGGCUGCUCUGCGAAGCGCUGAUUGCGCGGGUGGCACCGCAGGCGGAGGAGGAUUUGGACGUCCGUCGCUGGACGGCAGCGGUGUCUGCGCAACUCCAGGAAGCGGCAAAAGCCGCAGCCCCCCAGUCGCCAUCCGCCGCCGCUGCCACCAGUCCGGAAGCGCCCGAGGCAGCCAAGGAUUCCACGUCAUUGCUACGACUAGGCGGUGAAGAGCACGGGAACGGCGCUGGUGGCAACAGCGGCAGCAGUGGUAGCGGCAGUAGCGAAGCUGAAGCUGAGGACGAGCGGGAGGAGCGUGAGGAGGAGCGUGAGGAGGAGCGUGGCGAUAGGGGGGUUGAGAAGGGUGGCAAGGAUGCGCAUCUUGAGGAUGAGGGCACAGUUGACGGCGUGGACGAGCAGUCCAGAAAGCGACAUCGUGUCUAA